AUGGUGGAGGCCGUGGAGGAGGUGGCAGGUCCUCAAGACCUUCCCCACAUCGUAAAGGGUAAAAGGACCAAGCGCCAAAGGCCUCAAUCUCCAAUUCCCUUCACCAUCACCACACAAUAUUCAUCAAGCGGAGAGGGAGGAUAUGUUAGCAAUGGAGAUAAUUGCAUCAACAAUGUCAACAACAAUACCAAUAACAAUAACAAUCACAACAAUUCCAGCUCUUCAUCAGCUGAAGAAGCCCGCCCGGAUGAUCAUGCUAGCAACGAGGAAGACGAGUACACCGCCAAAUGCCUUAUCCUUUUAGCCCAGGGCGGCGAUGUCAUUAAAGAACCACCAGCGAUAAACAAGUUUGAUCAAGCUCAGGAUUUUGGAACCGAGAAAUUUAACAGCAAGAGAUACAUUGAGGCACCUAUCUCCGGUAAUGGCAAGGCUGGGAUGUACGUUUACGAGUGCAAGACAUGUGGCCGCACCUUUCCUUCAUUCCAGGCACUUGGAGGUCACAGGGCAAGCCACAAGAAGCCUAAGAACAUGACAAUAUUCAAGAACGGCAAGAAUAAAUCCAAUUACAACAAUUCUUCUCCACUCUCUCUUGAACUCAUUAACAAUAACAACAGGGGAACGUCCAGCAAUAGCAAUUUGUACAAGUCUGCUUCUUUUCCUAAGAUCCAUGAGUGUUCCCAUUGUGGCGCUGAGUUUCCGUCUGGACAGGCCUUAGGAGGGCACAUGAGACGCCACCGCGGGGUACCUGCUAUGACCAGCACAACCUUGUCUCUAGGCCAAUUAAGUCCGGAGACCACGGAUCAAGACUCUGAUGAAGCUGAAGCUAAUAAGAGGACAAGCAACGGUUUGUCUUUGGAUCUCAACCUUCCAGCUCCAGAAGAUGAUCAUCAUAAUAAAGACCCCAAUAAGUUUAGUUUGGCAUCAAAGCAUCAACAAAUUCCAUACCAACACCAACAGCAGAACCAAAAAGAAGAAGAAGAAAAAGAAGCAGAAGCAAAACCGGCCCUUGUUUUAUCCUCCACCCCCAAAUUAGUCCGUUGCCACUACUGA